GCGCUGCGCCGGCCACAACCGCACGCAACAGGGACACCGUGGAAUUCCAGGUUCCGGCCGGCCCAUCCAAUACCAUCACUCGUUUUGCUCGACGGCCGACGCCUGCCGCUCGCCACCGAUCGGGGUGAGAACCAAGAAAGCAAAGGGGGAAAACGGCUUGGCGGUUUGGCUGCACAGCACGCAGACGCCUCCCGGGCAGCAUGAUUGCUCCCCGCCCCCGGCGUCUGCUCCUCCUGCCGGUCGCGCUCCUCCUCCUCCUCCUCGCCGCCGCCGGCGGCGCCUUGUCGCCGGCGGCCGCGGAGGGGGCGAAGAAGGUCUCCCUGGUGCUCUACUACGAGUCGCUGUGCCCCUACUGCUCGCGGUUCAUCGUGAACCACCUCGCCGGGAUCUUCGAGGACGGGCUCAUCGACGCCGUUGACCUCCGGCUCGUCCCCUACGGCAACGCCCGCGUCGGCUCCAACGGCGACAUCUCCUGCCAGCAUGGUCCAUACGAGUGCCUGCUCAACACUGUGGAAGCUUGCGCCAUCGACGCCUGGCCGGAUUUGGACGUGCAUUUCCGUUUCAUCUACUGCGUGGAGGACCUGGUGGUGAAGCGCCAGUACAAGGAGUGGGAGUCCUGCUUCCAGAAGCUGGGGCUUGACCCGAAGCCCGUAACUGAAUGCUACAAAAGCGAACAGGGUCACAAGCUUGAGCUCAAGUACGCGAACCAGACCGACGCUCUUGUGCCGCCGCACCGGUACGUCCCGUGGGUGGUCGUCGACGGGCAGCCACUGCUUGAGGACUACGAGAACUUCGAGGCUUACGUCUGCAAGGCCUACAAGGGCAGUCCUCCGAAGGUAUGCGAGGGGCUGGUGCAUCCGCCGGUGGCGCUUGAGACCGUGGUGGCGCGCAGCGGCGUCACUUACAACUCCGGCGGCAUCGAGCUUGCGACUGCUGAAGAGGAGGGAAGGGACAGCAAGAUUAAGAUGCGGCUCCCGGACGAUGAAAACUGAUACUGCACGGUGUGCUCGUUUGGAUCAUGUGGGCAUAGGCAGUUGUGUGUUACUGUCCAGAUUACAUAAUUAUGGGUUGGCUGGUAGUUGGUCGUACAGAAAUAAUGAAUUUAAUGAUGCACUAAGCUGCUUUGCUGCUUGACCAUA